AAACAAAAAGUGCUUUUUCUGUUUGCUUCUCCUUACCUAAAUCCCAGAAACAAACACACAGCAUCAGCAUCUCCGAUAUCGCAACCCAAACCAGGAGAGAGAAAGUAUUGCAAAAUAAUAAACCCUCUUUUUUUAGAGAGAGAAAGUAAGCAUAGCCCUAGAAUUUUAUGCAACCAGAUAAGCACUUUUCUGUGCAGCUCAUUCACACACUAGAUGGAGAGAGAGUGAGAAAAAAACCAUUUUUUCGUUUACCCUUUUUCAUUUUUAUAAUAACCCUUUUCCUCUCUCUCUCUCUCUCUCUCUCUCUCUCUCUCUCUCUCUCUCUCUCUCUCUCUCUCUCUCUCUCUCUCUCUCCAUUGUUGCUUAGUAAUUUGCGUUCUUUGCACUCACACUGGUUUUUUCUUACUACCACUCUUCUCCAAGUAAAGAAAAACGAUAUCUUUUUUUUUGUCUUUUUCCACAAUCACUAGCUUCAAUUUGUGCACAGGUGGAAUUGGUGAUGUGCAACUGCAUAACCUUUUGUUCUUUCCUAUAAAUAGCUUGGUCAUAAGUAUUUAUUAUAUUUCAAUAUCGGAGGUAAGAGUUGCUUGUGAAAGAAGGCAUUUUGAAGUAAAUGCAUGGAUCACGGGGACCAUAUGGCGUUACCCGGUUCUGCAUCUUACUAUAUGCAGCAGAGAGGACUAGCUGGUUCUGGAGCACAACCUGAGUUACAUGUUUCGCCGAGUUUUAAUCAAUUGUCUAAUCCCAAUCUACCAUUUCAAUCCAGCAUUGGUGGUGGUAGUAACAUUGGAUCAACAUUACCUUUAGAAUCUUUACCAAUUUCAUCUCAAGGUGUCAAUGUGAGUGGUCCUACCGGGGUACCAUCUGGGGAGACUGUGAAAAGGAAGAGAGGAAGGCCGAGGAAAUAUGGCUCUGAUAGAGUUGUGUCGUUGGCACUGAGUCCAAGUCCAGCACAAUCUAGUAAUCCCGGAACCGUGAUGCAAGGAGGCCCGAAACGAGGGAGAGGGCGUCCACCUGGGAGUGGGAAGAAACAACAAUUGGCUUCUUUUGGUGAGUCGAUGCCUGGUUCAGCUGGGGUUGGAUUCACUCCACAUAUCGUCCAUGUUGCAAUUGGUGAAGACAUUUCAGCAAAAGUCAUAGCAUUGUCUCAGGUGCGCGCUAGGGCUUUAUGUGUCCUUUCCGGUUUUGGCAGUGUCUCCGCUGUCACACUUGGUCAGCCUUCUAGUUCAGGUGGCACUGUCCAAUAUGAGGGACAUUUUGAAAUCCUGAGCUUGUCAGGCUCUUUGUUGCCAACUGAGAAUGGCAGCAUACGGGACCGAGCUGGUGGGAUAAGUGUUAUGCUUUCUAGUCCUGAAGGCCGCGUAUUUGGUGGAAGAGUUGCUGGGCAGCUAAUUGCUUCAGCUCCUACCAAGGUGGUGGUUGGGACCUUUCUAUGGGGUAGAUUAAAUGGAAGGAACAAGAAAAAGGAAAGUUCAGAAGAUGCUGAAGGUGCUGUGGAAUCAGUUCAUCAAGGAGCUCAUAAUCCGGGUGCACUGAAUAGCAUUUCACCAAACCAAAAUCUGACCCCAACCUCAUCUUUAAGUCCUUGGUCAGCAGCAUCGCGUCCGAUGGAUAUGCGUAAUUCUCACGGUGACAUUGAUUUAAUGCGUGGUUGAUGUGUACUGUGUAUAUAUUCAGAAUCAUGGUCACUCAUCUCUAAUUUUGUUUUAGUAGAGCGAUGACAGAAUGGAAAGUACAAAGAGUAGAGUAGAGGAAGCUGACUUUUGCAAUUGAUAAAUCUCACUUAGCUAUCAUCCUCCCACCCAUGAUUUAAUUUGAAGGUUUCAUGCUCCUCCUUAUUGGUAAUGAUACUUUUUAUGCCCUUUUUGAAAAAAUUAACUUGGGCUAGAUGUUUUAUGUGAUUUUGAAACAAUAUUUAUGACAAAUAAUUUUGUGGUUUUUUUUU